UCGCCGCCAGGCAUCAAUAAUACAUCAACGACACAUCCAUAACACAUCCACAACAUAUUGACAGCACGAUUCCCCGUCGACGUGGCGUCGCGCGCUAAUUAACCGCAAUGAAUCAACAACCUCAGGGUCAGCCUGCCCAGGGACAGAGGCUUACUAUUUUCCGACCGGAGCAGAUGCGCAACAUCGCUUGCCUUAGCCAGGAAGAUCGCACUAAAUAUGAAGAGGGUCUCCGACUGCUCUACGUCAAGCUAGAGCAGAGUGUUCCUGACACUCAAGAGAAUCAUACUGCAAAGCAAAGACUUAUUGAAUUCUCGCGAAUGGUAUAUAACAAAGUUAAGAACAUCCAAGCUAGAAACCAGCAGGCCUCCCAAGCCCAGUCAGGCCCGUCAAGCCAGCAAUCUCAGCAGGGACACCAAAGUAUAGAGCAUAAUUCCCAAGGGGAGCAAAACCAGAAUACUAUGGUGAUGGCCCACAAGCCUGGAAUACAGCAGAAUAGACCACAACCGAUGGGCGCUAAUAGCAGUGCUCAAACUCCUGGUCCCACGAAUCCCAAUGCUGCCCCGGCCGGUAAUCAAGCACAAUCGGUGCCCAAAGUCAUCAUCGAACAUACCAACAAACUCCCCUGGAAUAUGCUUAGGCCACCGGCACAAGUGCCACAGGAGCAGGCGCAGAAGUGGCUGACCGAGAUACGUCAACGAUAUAUGCGGUUUUUGACACAAAUGGAAACUAUAAAAGUGAGGACAGCAAAGCUGGAUAGCCUUUUUAAAGAACGGCAGGGCCAGUUGUCGGCCGAGGACCUGAAAAAAUACCAGGACCAAAAGACGUUAGAUCAAAAACAGUAUCAAGAAGCGUCAAGGUUCGUUGACAGUGUGCGGAAUCAGAUGAAGGCCCAAGGUGUUAACCCCCAGGCCCAGAGAGUCAACACUCAACAACAAGGUCAAAUUCAAUCCAUGCCAGGCCAAGGUACACCCGUUGUCUCAGCAGCAGCAAAUCACCCUAUGCAAGCAGCAGCACACCCCAUGCAGGCAGCGACUGCAUCAGUGAACGCGGCAAUGGACGCAGCGAAAAAUCAGCAAAUUGCUACCGCCCAAGCAGUGGGACCUCCUAGGCAAUCACAACCGCAACCGCCACAAUCUCAGGCUCAACCAUCGCAGCCGCAGCCGCAGCCGCAGCCGCAACCGCAACCUCAGGCUCAAACGCAACCUCAGGCCCAAAUGCAGCCGCAGCAGUCGUUGCAACAGCAGCAUAACCCUGGGACUCCUGCCACCCCUGCCCCACCUUCUUUGGGUACUCAACACCCACAACAGCCAUCUCAAUCCCAUGCUACAGCCAGCACGCAACCCGUUCAAGUCAAGAGCGAACCGACGAGCCAAAUAGCACACCCACCUCCGGUCAAUACGGCGCUUGCAACUGCUGUCGCUUCAGCACAUUUGCCUUCCGCAGGAACACCAACGCAAGCCUCAGCGCGCGUGCAAACCCCCCAAUCUGCAGGCCAACAAGCCGCAGGAGCCCAAGUUCGACCAUUGUCUCACGCUGCCGCCGUGAAUCGUGCCAACUCAUCAACCAACGUCAACGCUGGUCAAUCCAACAACACAUCCAGUGGUGUCGCUUCCACUCCCGGAUCAAACGGUCUUGCAAAUAACGCAAACCACUCAGCCCAUUCCCACGCUCACCCGCAGCCCAACACGUCUGCUUUGAACCCCAAGAUGCCGAUUAGUAAGACGUUACCUCAGAAGGCCAUGGAGACCCCGCAAGCGGUUGCUACUGGUGGCGGCAACAACCCCGGCCGUCCCUCGUACGGUGGAGGCGGUGGAACUGGCGGUGGAGUCAUGGGCCAACCUGUGAUCAACAAGAUGCCGCCUGUUCAGUUCGAUACCGAGGGUGAACAUGUGUUGUCCAAGAAGAAGCUCGACGAACUUGUCCGCCAGGUCUGUGGUGGUGGUUCUCCUGGUGCCGACGGCAACUAUUUGACCCCAGAUGUUGAGGAGUCCGUCUUGAGCGUUGCCGACAACUUUGUGGACAGCGUCAUCCACACUGCCUGUCGCUUGGCAAAAGAACGCGGCAGCAAGGUGCUCGAAAUCCGCGACAUCCAGCUCGUGCUUGAGCGUGUCUACAACAUCCGCACUCCUGGUUACACGUCGGACGAGUUGCGAACGGUGCGCAAGGUACAGCCAUCGGCCAAUUGGAUUUCCAAGGUGCACGCUGUUCAGGCCGCCAAAGUUAUGCCCGGCAAGGAUGAUAAGUAGGAUGUAUCGCCUUCUACGAGCAGAGCUAAUAAGCGCCGUAAGUCACCGGGUGUUGGUCCGGCGCAGAAGCCUGGGGGCGUUACGACGAAUGCCACCGGUGGAGCGUCUAGGGCUGGU